GUUACAGGACUGGGGAGGGAGGAAGUAAAAGAGGGAGCUGUGACUGCAGUACGUAUCUGAAAGCAAGUGUUAAAGAGAGAGAGGAGGACGCAUAAGCAAGCUGGUUUGACCAGAAACAGAACUGCCUGUGACAGAUUAAGAGACAAGCAAGGCUUGGAAUCUGAGAGCAGGCAAAGAGAGUGGAAAUUUACAGCUGCUCUAUGUGAGUGUUCAAGUGAUCAUUUUCUGGUAACGUUUUCCGGUGGUAACUGUUACUCUUCAAAGAGAGAGACAGAAAGUCAAGACAGAAUUGUGGAAACUCUUUUCUCUGCCACACUUGGUAAUAGGAGGCAACCUCUAUUAAAUGGACGAUAAAGCCUACUUCAUCUAAAGUGCUUUGAGCUCAAGAAAGAGCUGUCUUCAGCACCUCACCAUGUGUCUACGUUUUGUUGCUUAGACAAGCCAAGUCAUUUCUGUAACAUUUGCAUUCCAUAUUGGAAGAAGAGAUUUCUACACAUGAAAAGAAUGCCUUUGUUUAGUAAAUCACACAAAAAUCCAGCAGAAAUUGUGAAGAUCCUGAAAGACAAUUUGGCCAUUUUGGAAAAGCAAGACAAAAAGACAGACAAGGCUUCAGAAGAAGUGUCAAAAUCACUGCAAGCAAUGAAAGAAAUUCUGUGUGGUACAAAUGAAAAGGAACCCCCGACUGAAGCAGUGGCUCAGCUGGCACAGGAGCUGUACAACAGUGGCCUGCUGGUGACACUGAUAGCUGACCUGCAGCUGAUAGACUUUGAGGGAAAAAAAGAUGUGACCCAGAUAUUUAACAACAUCCUGAGAAGACAGAUAGGCACUCGGAGUCCUACUGUGGAGUAUAUUAGUGCUCAUCCUCAUAUCCUGUUUAUGCUCCUCAAAGGGUACGAAGCCCCACAGAUUGCAUUACGUUGUGGGAUUAUGCUGAGAGAAUGUAUUCGACAUGAACCACUUGCCAAAAUCAUCCUCUUUUCUAAUCAAUUCAGAGAUUUCUUUAAGUAUGUGGAGUUGUCAACAUUUGAUAUUGCUUCAGAUGCCUUUGCUACUUUUAAGGAUUUACUAACCAGACAUAAAGUGUUGGUAGCAGACUUCUUAGAACAAAAUUAUGACACGAUUUUUGAAGACUAUGAGAAAUUGCUUCAGUCUGAGAAUUAUGUGACUAAGAGACAAUCUUUAAAGCUGCUAGGGGAGCUGAUCCUGGACCGUCACAACUUUGCCAUCAUGACAAAGUACAUCAGCAAGCCGGAGAACCUGAAACUCAUGAUGAACCUCCUUCGGGAUAAAAGUCCCAACAUCCAGUUUGAAGCCUUUCAUGUUUUUAAGGUGUUUGUGGCCAGUCCUCACAAAACACAGCCUAUUGUGGAGAUUCUGUUAAAAAAUCAGCCCAAACUCAUUGAGUUUCUGAGCAGCUUCCAAAAAGAAAGGACGGAUGAUGAGCAGUUUGCUGACGAGAAGAACUACUUGAUUAAGCAGAUCCGAGACUUGAAGAAAACGGCCCCUUAACGAGCUCCCCGGCACCCAUCACAGUCAUUCGUCUCAUUUGUCCAGUUUGUACAACAUGUCAUUUCAAAGUCAUCAUUCUUGGGAAGACUUUGGAGGUGCCUAUUUUUUCUGUUUUAAUUGUUCUGGGUAGACAGAAUAUAAACAUGUGAAUGGAAAAAAAUUAACCUAGAAUAAUAUAUUCAUUUUAAUCAAG